UACUCAAUCUCGUAAGAAAAGUCACGAUGAAGUUUUAUUCUGUGGGCAAGCUGGUCAAGGUACUACUGGUAAUGGCCGUGUGCUGCCUGCUGCUCUGCACCGCCCCAACAGGAGCUAAUCCGCUUCCGGGCAGAGACCGACAUACCAUCGCAAACAAAUCAAAAGAUAAAAAAGCGAGCGCACCGAGACACUCGCUUGGAACGGGUGCUAGGAUGGCACUGACUGGUGGCGGUGUUCUUGGCGGUGUAUUAACAAACAUGUAAAAUUCACUCCACAUGAAGGGACAGCUGGGAAAGCAAACGAAUUGGUUCGGUAUGAAGUAUGCUAAAAAAUCUGCGAUUUUAAUCUCACACUUCAUCGGUGAUUUCACGAAUAGUGUUUCUUAUUGAUUGGGAAGAAUGCGCCAAUAAGGUGCCGAUACAGUGAGAAAAUAAGACAUAAUUUCUCCCCCAAGACAUUAGGUUUUUCAAAAACUUUAAAUAUAUUUGAAAAUGCGGACAAGCUAUCCAAAAUAGCGAGCAAUAAAUCAGAAAGUAAAAGUCUAACAAA